CCUAUGCAUUAAUAUCAGCCAAUGGGAAGACGUCAAGGCAUCAGUCUCUGACCGCCACACACCCACAUUACUUUUGUGUCAACCACUUCGCGGGAGUUGUCGCUUCAGGAACAGUCGUCUCUUUAAAACUACACAUACAGUGUGCAGGAGACUAGAAGAGCAACCAUGUCUGAAAGGAAGGCAGUGAUCAAAAAUGCCGACAUGUCGGAGGACAUGCAGCAGGACGCUGUGGAGUGUGCCACACAGGCCCUGGAAAAGUACAACAUAGAAAAAGAUAUCGCUGCAUACAUCAAAAAGGAGUUUGACAAGAAAUAUAACCCAACCUGGCACUGCAUCGUUGGGAGAAACUUUGGCAGCUACGUGACUCAUGAGACCAAGCAUUUCAUAUAUUUCUACCUGGGUCAGGUGGCCAUCCUGCUGUUCAAGUCCGGCUGAGGGAACGCAUUUUCUCUACAUCGGCUGACCAUACAUACAAUACUGACUGACUCGACAAAGGCACUUAUCAUUCCUUGGCAAGAGGCCGCUGCCUUUUUCUGUGCCGCUUUCUACUUUAUGCUGUUUUUGAGGAUUAAAACAAAAACGUGGCCAUGUUAAAGAGAUGAAACACUUGUAUUUAUUUUUGUCUUGUUACAUUAGACAUGUCAUUUUUUAAUUAAAGUGUUGCUUUUAAGCUGUCUGGG